AGCCUUCGUCUUCACAAACCAUUCAGACUCUGACGCUUUCACUCGUCGUCUUUUUAGCUUACCAAAUAAAAACCAGGAAGGAGUUCGCAUGGACUGCAAGAUUGGAGACUUUCACAAACGAAUGCGACAGAUCAGCUCAUGACCCGGGCAUUCUGCAUGUGGUACUGAGUCAUUUUAUUCUGCACAAGAUGUCAAGUCAGAACACAUGUUACUAUGAUGUGCCGAUGGAGUUUUUCUACAACAGAAGCCAACCGACGGUUGAAAACUGGGAGUUCACUCAUCUCAUAGUGCUUCGAGUUGUUGGUUGCCUCUUUUGUUGUUUCAUCCUGGUGUCCAACGCAAUGGUCAUCACCGCUGUCAUCACCAACAACCGCUUUCACUACGCAUUCUAUUACCUUGUAGCCAACCUUGCAGCCUCAGACUUUCUUGCUGGGAUUGCAUACGUGUAUCUUAUGUUCAACACCGGUUCAGUGUCCCAAACACUGAGUGUGCAACAGUACUUUCUUCGGCAGGGCCUUUUGGACACGAGCCUCUCAGCAUCACUCACAAAUUUACUUGUUAUUGCUCUGGAACGCUACAUCUCAAUCAUGAACUGGAAAGUACACAGUAACCUUACAAAGCGGCGGGUAACCCUGUUGAUUGUGCUGGUUUGGGUCAUCUCCAUCUUUAUGGGUGCAGUACCAAGCCUGGGCUGGAACUGCAUCUGCAGUAUCGAACAGUGCUCCAUGUUGGCACCAAUCUUCAGCAGGAGCUACCUGAUCUUCUGGUCACUUUUCAACCUGGCGGUUUUCCUUAUAAUGGUAGCCAUAUACCUAAGGAUAUAUGUCUAUGUGAGGAAGAAAACAACUGUCUUAAAUGGCCAUGCCACUGGAUCUUUGAAACGCAAGAAGACACCAAUCAAACUCAUUAAAACAGUGAUGACUGUAUUGGGGGUUUUUGUGAUCUGUUGGACACCUGGCCUUGUGGUACUGCUCCUGGAUGGCUUAAAAUGCGAACAAUGUAAUUUACUGAAGUUUAAGCGCUGGUUUCUUCUUCUGGCUGUCCUCAACUCCGUAAUGAAUCCUAUCAUAUACUCCUACAAAGACGAUGAGAUGUGGACCACCAUCAAGAAUUUGCUGCGAUGCGUCUGUAACGGCACUCGUCGCCAGAGGUCAUCUAGGGUCAACACUCGUACUACCACUUCAACUACAGAAAUGAACACCAGUAUUCGUGUUUCAGAGGAGAAAGACACAACACAGGACAAGCUGAAGACCUAAUAGCUCUGCUUUGCUACAUAGUUAUUGAUAUUCAGAGCAGUGUAUUGUUAUGUACAUUUUUUUUUUAACAUUCUCAUUGUUUUAAAUAGUGUGAUUUGUUAUUAGCAAGAGACUUCAGAAAAUAGAGCCCAAUCGCAUCUUUUUUCUUUUUCACCUCAAUAAUAUGUUAGUACUGUACAGUCAGGGGUUUUUGUAUAGUCGCAAAGCAGUUGUAUGAUAUGUUAACCUUGAGCCUGAGUUGAAUUUUAUUAUUAUUAUUUUUUUUUUUUUUUAUGAGGUACUUCAAGUCAGUGUCUUUUAAGUCUAACAAUUUUUAUUAUAUCUGUAAAAAUGAAAUGCACAAAUAACCAGAACUAUGGAUUUGUAUCUACUGUAUUUUAUUUUUAAGCUAAUUGUCUUGACGGUUGGUAUAAAGUGCAAUUUGUUCAUACAAAUGUAUUUCUCAGUUUUAUGUGGACUCAAAGCCAGACGUUCGUUAAGAGCGAGCUCCACCAUCUCAUUGACUAGAGGAAUGGCCUGAAAUCAUCAUUGUAUCACAGACCAAAAAACAAGACCUGACAACAAGACUAGACAAGUAGACAAGAUCUUUCUCAUUUACAGCUUUAAUACAAGCCUUUAACAAAUCAUUAAUUCAUGCAUUCAAGGUUGCAGUCCUUGAGCAUGAGAUAAAAAAUACACCCUUAUACGGGAAGCCAGUCUCUUGCAGACUAUUAUUCAGUUCUCUCUGCAUGCCUUGACAAGUCCCAACAAUAUGUUAUUACAUCUACAGUCAUAGUUUUACCACGCAAAAAGAACUGUUGUGCAACCUGCAUUGAAAACAUAUACAGUAAGACAAUCCUCCUUCUCGUGUUUAAGCAAGUCUUUCCCACAUUCCCAUGUAGUAAAGCUAAUAUGGUCAUUGGCACAUUACAAGGCCAAUGCUGUAAAAAAAAAUAAGACAGCAAUCAAAGGAUUUCUUUUCUUUGGUGUUGCAUUUAGAAUCCGAAGCAAAGAGGAACACCACACCAGUGCAUGGCUGCAAACCUGUUUUUCCUCUUCAGUCGGUGGGAUGGUCUCCGAUGUGUUACUCAUUACACAAGUCUGAAGCAAUGCCUGAUGUGGCUGAUUAUGAGUCUGGCCGGUAAUGCAGCAUUCUGGAUUAUUGCAUGCUUACCCUACGCCAUGCCAUACUAAAAUCUUGUGAGCUUUUGUACAGAAUAUUGUGGAAUAACGACCUUUACUGUCUCUCCCAUGCUUUGAUGUAAAUUACAGGGCCCUUUUAACAUGAUCUCAAGCAACUCCCCGUCAUGUGAGUCAUGUCAAUUUGUCACAUUAAUAUAAUGCAUGAUUAAGCGUAUGUAAAGACCGCAGGUUCACGGAAAUUAAGACCAACUGCAGACUGAAGGCCAGAGGUCUUCUCUUAAAAUCUUCUGCACACAAAAAGUGUUGACCUACAGAAAACAAACCCACAAUCGCCUUGUUUACAGAAUCAUUCGGUGGGCUGUAUCUUGAGAUGUCAAGGUGAAUUGGUCCUUUUGAGUCUGGCUGCUUUUCUGUUCACAAUAAUUUCCUAAUUGACUGCAUUCAGAGAGAAGUUUUGAUGUUUGGUUGCUAUGGUAGCGCUGAUGUAUAUAUCCGGUGAGGAUAGAAGAGCAGAGCUUAUGUGAACAGAACCUCAGAAAUAAAAGAGCAGAGACAAACAAAUUCCUUUUACAUUUGCGCACUUGGCCUUCUUCACAGAUCAGACUGCAGAUAACAUACUGUCUUGAAAAAAAAAAGGGCAUAGUUCUAGCAUGUCUAACAUUGCUCAAAGGAAAUGUAUUUUCCCAUGGUAAAUGAGUUCAGUACAGUGUGAAACUCGAAUGAGGAACUGUCCCAUUCACUGAAUAUCCCCUAUGUUCCCUGUGUGACCGCACUAAGCAUCCAGGCAGUGCUAGUCCACUAAGAGAUCACUAUUCCACUGAACACAGGUUUGCUCCAUGAUACGUUCACUCCUUUCAUCACUACUAGAUCCGACAACACCUUCUCUGGCUCAUGCUCCAACUAGUCUUAAGAAAGCUUGUAGCUUAGGGACAACCUCAGUCACACAAACCCCAGACUUACCCAUUUGCAGUGUUGGACAGUAACGUGUUACUGUAACGCAGUUACUUUUGAGACUAACUAAUACUGUAACGCGUUACUUUUUAAAUAAAGUAACUCCGUUACCGUUACCAUAUGGUGUGUUUGUCCGUUACUUUUUUAAAUUAAUUCAUUUUGGCUCAAGUGUAGCCUACAGCCUAACCUGUUAACAGCAGCGACGCAUUGUAGGAUUGGUGGAUGCCAACCUGUAAACACGAAGAUGCCACACUGUGGGCAUGUUUCCGUUUAUUCAAGUAUGUGCGGCAGUAAUGGCGAGUCAAGGCGAGAGCAAGACAAGUUUCUCAAAGUGGAAACAUGCUCAUUAUUUCACUUUAGUUGAGCAUAAAGUCAAAAACCUUUUAGUCAAAUGUAAGCUGUGUCUUUCUGGUUUGAAGGUCCUAUCUACUGCGAUAAACAGCAACUCCAAUCUGGAGGUAGAAACAACAUGCCUCGACGAAGCUAGAAGCUAACCCGGUGUCGGUGGACACACUCGAAGUGACUCAAGUCCCUCCAGCCAAACAACAGCGACUAGAUUUUAACCGAACUGUUAGCCAGGGAUAGAUCAACAAACAGUUUUGUGUUUGUAUAGACCAUAACGCAUAAAAGGGCAUUAAUGGGAACAUUAAAGAACCUUCUUUAAAAAAGUAACUAAAAAGUGACUUUUAACAGUAACGCGUUGUAAGUAAUCAACAAAGUAAUUGAGUUACUUUUUGAAUGAAGUAACUAGUAACUGUAACUAGUUACUCUUUCGUAGUAACUAGCCCAUUUGUAGUCAAGAAUUUUGUCCCCAAGAACGACAUUCUAUCCAUGCCAUAUUAUGAAACUCCCGUUGUUGAUAAUGGAGAAUAUUUCCUGUGCUCAGCCAAUGAUUUCUCAACUCCUGAGUGUCUUGCAGACAAAACAUUUCCCCACAUCCAUGUGAGAGCAGGUAAUACAAUGACUACACACAUUCCAGCUGCUCUGGGAUAAAAAAGAAAAAGAAAA